AUGUCGCUCUACGAAAUAUUCGGCGAAGAUCCAGUCCAUGAAAAGGGAGACGAUGGUCGGUCAUCUAAAAAAGGUCUGCCAUCUGGUUUACGGCUUCUUCAGUCACAGAUACACAUUAAAAAAACACAGUUGGCCCAACAGCGAAGUGUGGUUACACCUGUUGUUGACUUAUCCGCAAAAAAUCGCUCCUCGAAGACUACUUUCUUGCGUCCUCAUAAAACAGUGCCUCUGAGCGAUGGACCGCCGCUUUCAUUCAUACCGAAAGCACUAAAAGAAGAUAAGGUAUUUCUUUUUGGUGAAGUUUUGGUUGAAGAUGAAUACAACCCUACUGCUCCAACCGACUACGCCAAGCAUAAGCAAAAAAUGGAUGAGAGGAGAGCAAAAGAAAAAGUUGCAAAAGAAAUUGCCGAGAGAUUAAACAGGGAGCAUCAGGAAGAAAUUGCAAAACGUACAGCUGGAGCAGCAAUUGCACCGCCCAAAAUUCUCAUGGAAGAAGACAGUAAAGUUGAACUACCAGGCCCCGGUGCUAGCAGUUUGUCUUCUGAAAUGCCACCACCUUCAUUUAUUCCGUCAUUUGGUGCUGGAAAGGGGUUGGGAGUUGCUGCUAACAUUAUGACCAAAUUUGGUUACAAGGAGGGCGCAGGUUUGGGACGAUCUGGUCAGGGAAUGAGCACGGCUUUAAAAGUUGAAAGGCUAGGGAAGAAUUCAGGGGUGAUAGUAAAUGAACACGAACUAAAUGCUCGAGCUGAAGCACCUACUUCACCUCCGCCAUUACCGACUACAAAUGCCACGCCAGCAGUGAAUAUGACUGAAGCUUUGAAGCACUCUUCGCGCAUACUGUUGCUGCGGAAUAUGGUUAGCCCAGAUGAAAUUGACGAUCAACUGGAGCCUGAGGUGAAGGAUGAGAUGAAGAAAUAUGGGCAGGUCAAUAAAGUUGUCAUUUUCAGGCUUCUUCAAGUCAGCGAUGAUGAAGCAGUUCGCAUAUUCAUCGAAUUUACAAAUGUAGGCCAAGCCAUUAAAGCAUUCGUCGAUUUGAACGGGCGAUUUUUUGGUGGUCGCUCUAUUAAAGCCUCAUUCUAUGAUCUCGAGGCCUACAAUGCCAAUCAGUUUGAUCGAUGA